GGGGGCGCGCGGCUGCGGCUCCCGCACUCGCUGGGAGGAGGCGGGGGCCGCGGGGAAAGAGGUGACUAGAGGCCGCUCGCGCCGGCUAGCGCAGCAGCGCUGAGCCUCCCCCCUGGGUACUGCGGUGCAGGUGGGUGCCAGGCAGCGGCUCCUUCUCAACCUCGUCCCGGCCUUACCGUCUCCUGGGCAAUGGAGGCGCAGCAGGCACAAGGUCUGCUGGAAACACAGCCAUUGCAUGAGACAGACGAAGAAACUGUCACUGAUAUUGAUUUCACAAGCAUGAUUUCUGAAGAAGAGAGAGAAGAAUUAAAGAUUGAGCUAGCCAAGCUAGAGGAUGAAGUUUCAACUUUACGGCAAGUGUUAGCAGCCAAAGAAAAGCACCUGGCAGAAAUCAAACAAAAGCUUGGUAUCAACCUGAUGAAUGAGCUGAAACAGAACUUUAGCAAAAGCUGGCACGACAUGCAGACGACUUCUGCUUACAAGAAAACACACGAAACUCUGAGCCAUGCAGGACAGAAGGCAACAGCAGCUAUCAGCAAUGUAGGAACAGCCAUCAGCAAGAAAUUUGGAGAUAUGAGAUAAAAACAUGUUCCAGAUCAGCCACAACAUCUUGAUUUUUACACUGUGAUGAACCUAGAGGGGUUAUGACUGGAGUAUGUGAAAAGACCUUCAGAUUGGAUUCAGAAUGUUGUUUACCACAUUCUUGGAUAGAUUAGACUCAAAUUCACAUAAUGAAUGAGUUCAAAAGAUGUUUCUCUCAGGCAUAUCCGUUUACAUACAGUUCUGUUAUCUCAACUGUCCCUUGUUUUUAGAGGUUGGAGCGUAAACAGCAAAAGCUCAGUAACUGUCAUAUCACUGUAAUUACCACCUUUUAAGUGAAACAAAAAUGCCCAAGUCCUGCCCUAAGAUAUAUUGAGGAACUCCUGUUGCCUUCAGCACGAGUCUUGCAGAUGCGUCCAAGGGUGGAACAUGGCCCUAACUAAUAAAAAUAAGCAGGUUCUGAGCCUGCAAAGCACAUUAAAAUUGUGUUUAAGUUCAAAAUGUUCUAAGGGCUUCCAGUAGAGUCAGGUUCCCUUUCACAGCAAAUAUCAAAAUUUGGGGGUGGGAGGAGUGUUUCUGAAUCAGACUGGAACCAAAUAUUGAAACUCUCCAUGAAACAGAAUUACCAUUCUCCACCGAACUCUGCUCAGCACCUAACGGGUUAAAGCUCCCACAGCCUUACAGGCCCCUCCUUCUUCAUAAACUCACUAGAGUUUUUAGGUGUUUCAUGUAAUGUUAACAGUUGCCCUAGUCACCAUUUUAGGCCAGAGCUCCUCUCAUCCUAUAAAUUCAGUAAUUUGGAGUGGCAAGAAUACACUCUCCUUAUUUUUCUUUAAAGAAAAUAAAAUUGCAUUGGUAUGAGGAACUCAGCAAAUUUUCUCCAUACUCAUGGCAUCCAUCACGUGGCCUCUCCCAAUGAAUUAUGUUUUAAUGCCAUUUUGGAUUAAAUCUUUUUGCUUAGAGCUUAUCUUUGGUAUGUGUCUGAUAGUAGAUGAGCAGCCUGCUCUAAAUUGUUCAGAUAGCUCCAGUUUUCUGCUUCUUUCCUACGUGGCACAAGAACAAAGUGGAAAAUAUGCUUGUUUCAUUUAAUCUGGAUUGUUAAUGGUUGCAGGCAUUAGUAGGGGGUUCAGGAAAAGAGAACAUGAUCCACUGCAUUUUUGGAAUGCCUGGGCUGUAGGGUUUGUACUUUAAGUUUAAAAGCAGUGUGAAAUAGUUGAAUGUUAAAAUCUUGUUUUGCAUUUAUUACUGGUUAUUGGUGUAUUACGGCAUAUUAGAGUUUUUAAACUCUCUUGUCUUGACUGAUUAGGAAAUAUACAAUAGAGAACAUGCCUGCAUUGGCAGGAAGAUGGGUUCAUAUAACCAAAUAGAUCUUUCCAUGUCUGAUUUUUAAUUUUAUGUCCAUAUGUGUGUGAUUUCCUCCCCCUACUUAAAGCAAUUUCAUAGAUAGACUAUGCAAGUGCAUGUCCAAUUUAUAAGGAACAUUAUAAUGUAAAAUUUAUGUGAAUGUUUUUGUGUUUUAAUUGUUAUCACUUUGGUUGAUCAGGAUCAAAUCCUGGUGCCACUUAAGUCAAGGCAAAGCACCCAUUGUCUUCAGUAAGACCAGGAUUUGGCUAUCAAUCAAUAGUGAAAGUAGCAAUAAAUGGAUUUUUGGCACAGUACAUACUCCUCCAGUAUAUGAAUUACUCCUAGCCUGAAUAUUU